UUCAUGGUGGAUGCCGUUGCUCUGCAGUCCAAGGUCAGUACAUUUCUAGAUUAAAUUGUGGGAAAUGGCUGCAUCCAACUUAACAUGUUGGGAGUGGGCCUGCUCUGAAUCACACCAGCUAGGACCAGACCCCAGGAAACCCCUCCUCAUUUCCUGCCUUGGGUUGGGAGGAGAUCAGCAGCCUCUUCUGUUCACUGAGAGGCCGCUGCAGAGGAGGCACUGGGAUGGGGGGGCUGCCGAGGAGGUACCAGAUCCGACCUCCAAGGAUGUACCGCAAUCAUGCAUUCCUUGGAGGCCAGAUUUGCUGCCCCGUGGAUCCUGCCACCUAAUAUAGAUCUAUUAACAGAGACUUUCUGUCUCAUUUCUCCUUACUGACAAAGAGAAGCUUUCACCAAAGCUGGGCUUUGUAAAAUUUGACGAUGUGCUUUGAAAAAGAGAAAAAGGGAAGCAUGAAGUGUGUUUGCAUUCUCACCCACCCUGUCAGACAUGCAGCUGAAAGGGCAGAGAGGAAAUGGGUGUUACACUUGCAGGACGCACCAUCCUGCAGGGUGACUGUUGGUGUUUAUGGCGUGAAGUCUGCCAUAAACAGAUUUUUCUGGCACACUUCCGACCAGAUUUUGAGCAGAGGUGAAAUACAGUUUGCAGCUAAGCGUGAGACAAUCGGACCUGAGUCUGGAUUGAUGAGCAACACACAGUUGUCUAAGCAGAUUGCUUUAUUGCCUGUCAUUUUGCUUAAUGGUUGCUAUUUACAGAGACUGCUGUGGAUCCCCACAGCGGAAGAUCCGCUUGCAUCCUCUCAGCAGAUCAAAACCAAAACUCUCUCUUACUCGCACUCACAUAAAACACUGUGAACGUCCAUGACUUUGCUGUCUGAUCUUUACACCUGUGUGAACAAUCCAGCUUCCCAGCCAGAGUGUCAUCUUGCAUGAAGUAAAAAAAUUCCUUCCUGUAGCACCUUAAAGACCAACUAAGUUAGUUCUUGGUAUAAGCUUUCGUGUGCAUGCACACUUCUUGCAUGAAGAAACUCAGGAAGACAGUUUUCUGAAAAUGAAUGGCCCCGACAGUGACGGAAAUCAAGCUCAUCCAGGAGCAGAGUGUAAACUCUAGUUGUGGUGUAGCAGGAACCCCCCCACCCCAAUCGUUCAGUUUGUACAAACUUCACACACUCACACUCACACACUACAUAUGCCACACUUCUGUUAUAAAUUCAUAGAAAAAUCAACCAUACAUUGGAUUUGCACUGUUCCAUUUUUAUUUUACUCCAUAUGACAAGGACUAUCAAAGGGGGGUGGCUUGGUUCUGGUCAGCCAUAAUCCCUUCACCAUCCCAGCACAUCCACCGGAGCCCUGCCCAGUUGUUAUGCCAACCCUGAUGGUCCUAGACAGAAGACCAUCAAGAUCACAAAGAACUUGCAUAUGGGAGUGGAUUCAGCAUGGACUGAAACAAAGGACAAUGAUCAGAUCUUCCCUCUGGGGGCAGGAAACUGCCAACUCCCCUUUGUCUCCUGGAAGUGACUCAUGGGCCGGGGGAAAGGAGGAACCAGCCAGGUGACAGGACACUCAGGUUACCACCACAACUCCUCCCUCAACCCCUCCUUUCUGUAAUGUAUGCAUGAUGUCAACCCCUCCUUUCUGUAAUGUAUGCAUGAUGUCAACCCCUCCUUUCUGUAAUGUAUGCAUGAUGUUUCUGGGGGUGGGCUUGACCUAGAGGAUGGGAAUUUCAAAAGUUUUUGUAAGGUCUUGCACACCAUCUUUCUGGAUCUUUCCUCUCUCCUGCAAGUGAGGGGAACACCCUGUUGCAACAGUUCAAUAAAGGCCAAGCCUACAGGCUGCUGUUUUGCUCCAAGUUAUCCUGGUUGGUGUCUUUGUUUUUGUCCAAGGGAGCCCUCGGAUUUUUCCGGUAACAGUGGUUACAUCUGUAACAUAAAAUAACCUGUGUCCCCUCAGAAAUAAAGUGCGUGGGAACAGGAAGGAGUGACCAGGAGGAAGCAAAAACUUCAGAACCUCUUGUUCAUCAACCCAGAUCCGUGUUCACAAGAGACGGCUAGUUGAGGGGUGAGCAUUUUACAAUUGGACCCCAGUCUCUGUUUGAAGCAAAGGGCCAGGCUAGACAGGAUGCUAAAAAUGUCUCAUGCUAGGAAAUACUGGUCAGGGUUGGUACAAUGUUCGCUGGGACCAACCCUUUCCUUUCCUUCUCCAGCAGUCUUGAUGAAAAUCACUUCCUCCACAGAUGCUCCCAGCCCCCUGGCAGUUUUCUGAGAGGCUUGACUGGUGCCUAUAUUGUUAGUUUCUGUUUGUGCCACUGUGCAGUGCUUUGGAGUCACAAGACUUGUUUUGUAUUCCAGAGAUCCCAGGCUGUUGGAAGUCUCACGGAAGACAGGAGACGGAUGUGACGUUACUGGUUUCCUGUUCCUUGGUUUUUCAGUUGCUCUCUGCUUUCACAGUGAGUUUAGAGUGCCAGCAUCGUGCACUUUGCUUGAGACUGUAUAGGGACGUUUUCAGAAAACAAACAAAUCCGACAUAUAUUAGCACCAUUUGAGUGUUAGGCAAAGGGUGGUCUUGGGCUACACCCCUUCUGUGAUGUAUGUAUGAUGUAUUGGGGUAGUGGUCUUGGGCUACACCCCUUCUGUGAUGUAUGUAUGAUCUUUCUGGGGGUGGUCUUGAGCUACAGGGUAGGCAAUUUCAAAGUCUACAUAAGGGCUUGCACACCUUUGUCCUGGGUCCUCCUCCUCUCUCCUGCGUGUGGGGGAGCACCUUGUUGCAACAGCUUUAAUAAAGAUCAGGCUUAUAGACGUUUUGCUUUUGUAUAUCUUGGUCUGGUCUCUGUUCAUUUUCCAGCCAGUUUGAGCCUUAAAGGUACGCUCUCUCCGAAGGUCCAGUCUUCCUUUAGAAGCUGAACCCCUUGAAGGGACCUCUCAAUAUUCUUAUUUCAGUCCCAGUGAGCCACACUCACUCCCACAAGAGAGAUUUGGAAAUCUUUAUUGCCCAGUGGUUUUUGCAGGUUUCUGCCAUGCUCAAGCUGCUUCUCUUUACUUUGUCAUAUUACAGCUUCCCUUUCUAUCAACAAAGCCGCAAACUCUUCACCCACUAUGGCCUCAGCACCACCAUCCGUGGACAUGGACCAGGACGCCUUGUGUCCCAUCUGCAAGGACUACCUCACAGAUCCAGUGACGUUGGACUGUGGACACAACUAUUGUCAGGGCUGCGUCACCAAUUAUUGCAAGAUACGGGAAGAACAGGCUAUGGGGCACUUGGAGUGUCCCAUCUGCAGAGCCCAAAUGCAGAGAGGGAGUUUCCGCCCCAAUUGGCAGCUGGCAAGUAUAGUAGAAAAAAUUAAACUCCUGCAGUUAAAUAAAGGGGGAAAGGAUAUGUGUGUGAAACACAAGAAGUACCUUGAACUGUUCUGCAAAGAAGAUGAAAAAUUGGUUUGUGUGGCUUGUGAACGAUCCCCAGAACACAAAUCGCACACUGUGGUACUUGAGGAAGAGGCUGCCCAGGAAUACAAGGUAGGAAGUUAUCUUGACACUUAGUAAUGCAAUCCUUUCAAUUUUUUGUGAAAUAUUGCAAUGUGGCUGGAAAGCAAUUCCCGUGGCAAUUAGAUAUGUUAUUGUGUACGGUUAAACAGCCUGGAAACGCACAGAACAACUGUAGGUUUUAAGGAGAACCCCACCACCAAUAAAAUAUAAAAUGCUGUAAAAUAUUAAAAUCCUUAAUCCUGAGCUAGGUUGAAGUGAUGGACAUGAGGCAGGAGUUGAUAAAGCAGAUGAGCUGUGCACAGGUGAGCUGCAUGCAAGCUGCUGGCCAGCCCUGUGGAGCCUCCUUUUAUUGAGACAAAUAUGCAAACCAGGCAGAUACAUUUUGGGCUGUGACCUUUACACAUCUUCCGGUCCUGAGAUCAUGGGGUGGUACAAAGUUAUUUUGGCACCUGUUUCCACCGCGUCAUUUUCCCCUUGCACAGUGUAUGAUGAAGGAGACAAAAGGUCUCAGAGACAAACGUUACAGACAGGACACCGCAGACUACUGAGACCACAAAAGGUUAGACAGAGGCAACGAUGUUCAGACAGCCGUGGCUUUAUCUGUGAGGGGGGGGGUGUGCUCCACACCCCAAGGUCACACGUGCAGGCAGGCUGAGGCUGCUUGCGGGUGGGGCGUGUGCUCCCUCCGGACCCCACUCCCCACUCCGCGAUCAUCCCUACACUAGGUGACAAUGUUUUUAAAAAAGAAAGAAAGAAAAAUAUGCUCCUAAAUAGUCAGAUACCAGCCACCAGCUGGCGCGGAGAAAAGACAGCACUCAAAUUUCUUAAAAAUACAAAACUAUAUGCUGGAUGCAGAUAUGUUAGUAAACAAUCUCAUUAUGAUUAGCAGUGAGGCCAUUGGCAUUUAAUCCAGGACUUUCCAAAAGCUAACACAUGCUGGAUGAAACCUCCGAAACAGUGGCGUAGCGUGGGGGGUGCAGGGGGGGCCGGCCGCACCGGGCGCAACAUCUGGGGGUUCGGGUUAGGGGGCGCAAAUCCAUGGGUUAGGGGGCGCAAAUCCACGGGUUAGAGGGCGCAAAUCCACGGGUUAGGGGGCGCAAAUUACUUGCCUUGCCCCGGGUGCUGACAACCCACGCUACGCCACUGCUCCGAAACCUCAAGUUUCAUAUCCUUCCAGAUCAAGCACCAUAAUAUAAGGAGAGCCAGGCUGGGUCAGGUCAAAGGCCCAUCUAGACCAGCAUCCUCUUAUCACAGUGGUCAGACAGCCAGGUAACCCUUCUGGGAAGCCAUUAGGUGGGACCUGAGCACAACAGCACUGCCCCCUCCUGAGGUUUCCAGUAUUCAGAAGCAAAUACUCUACCACACUGGAGAGUCACUGCUGUAUUUACUUCUGACCCUUCAAAUGAAAACCUUUUCUCCACAACAUAGCAGCAACUGGGGAUCAGGGGUUAGAUCAGGGUGAGGAGACACAGUUCUUAGUUCUCAUUAAAAAGUGUGCUUUUAUGUUGCUGGAGGAGACUCUUGAGAGUCCCAUGGAAUGCAAGAAGAUCAAACCUCUCCAUUCUUAAGGAAAUCAGCCCUGAGUGCUCACUGGAAGGACAGAUCGUGAAGCUGAGGCUCCAAUACUUUGGCCACCUCAUGAGAAGAGAAGACUCCCUGGAAAAGACCCUGAUGUUGGGAAAGAGAAGGAGAAGGGGACGACAGAGGACGAGAUGGUUGGACAGUGUUCUCGAAGCUGCCAGCAUGAGUUUAACCAAACUGUGGGAGGCAGUGGAAGACAGGAGUGCCUGGCGUGCUCUGGUCCAUGGGGUCACGAAGAGUCGGACACAACUAAACAACUAAACAACAACAAGAGCCUUUGCAGAUGCUACUCUCAGUCGCAAUCACAAUAUGAGCUUUCGUUUCCUCUUUAGGGACUGCUCUGCAGCCAUCUGGAGAUUCUGAGAAAAGAGAGAGAAACAAUUCUGGCCUAUCAAGCAGACACGGAAAAAGAAAGCCAAGAUCUCCUUGUAAGUGUCACUAGAAGUAGUUAUUAUUUUUUUAAAGUCCUCAUGAAAAUCAAUCAGCAUCUUAGUGCAAUUUCUAACAUGUUUUAAACAACUAUAUAUAGCUUUAUAAAGAGUUAUAUAAUUAUAUAACUUUUUGUAGACAUCUGAAGGCAGCUUUUCAUGUUUGAUGUGGUCUCCCCCCGCCCCCCGUAUUUUUGCUGGAAGCCACACAGAGUGUCAGUCAGAUGGGUGGGGUAUAAGAAAAUAGAAGUAGUAGUAGUAGUAUGCAAUUUUGCCUAGUAUACACAUUUUUUGCAAAGCAAUUUCCCCUAAUAUUCCUUUUUCUAUGCCUUAAUAAAUGCAUUUUAAUGCACACUUUACCAUAGUAUGUGCAUUUCUGUAGUUAUUACUUGGCUAAAGAACUGCAUUUCAAAAUUCAAAGAAAUGUGAAUUUCAGAAGAUUGCUGAAUUUCUCUCUGCAUGUUUUCCCCCCAGAAACUGCUAAUGAGGUACCGUAUUUUUUGCUCUAUAAGACGCACCGGACCACAAGACACACCUAGUUUUUGGAGGAGGAAAACAAUAAAAAAAAUAUUCUUAAUCUCAGAAGCCAGAACAGCAAGAGGGAUCACUGCGCAGUGAAGCAGCAAUCCCUCUUGCUCUUCUGGCUUCUGGGAUAGCUGCGCAGCCUGCAUUCGCUCCAUAAGACGCACACACAUUUCCCCUUACUUUUUAGGAGGGAAAAAGUGAGUCUUAUAGAGCAAAAAAUACAGUAAUUUUGCAUUUGAAGCCAAGCUGAACUGAAACUCUUCCCCAUGUGGCAGCUCAGAUCCAUAGAACAUAAACUAGUUGCAACCUUCUGAUUUGCCUCAUAGAUUCUAAAAGAAAUGUCUUUCUAAAUGUGCGCUAUCUUUAAUCUUUAGGAAGCUCAAGUCGACUCAAGACUUUAAAGUAAGCAGAGCAGUGCUGGGGAUGUGCAGGCUAGAUCUGUCCCGCUUCUCCUCUGUUUCUAGUAAUUUACUAGUCAUGAAAGAAAGGUAAAGGUAAAGGACCCCUGGAUGGUUAAGUCCAGUCAAAGGCGACUAUGGGGUUUCGGCACUCAUCUCACUUUCAGGCCGAGAGAGCCGACGUUUGUCCACAGACAGUUUUCCGGGUCAUGUGGCCAGCAUGACUAAACCGCUUCUGGUGCAAUGGGACACCGUGACGGAAACCAGAGCACACGAAAAUGCCGUUUACCUUCCUGCCACAGUGGUACCUAUUUAUCUACUUGCACUGGUGUGCUUUCGAACUGCUAGGUUGGCAGGUGCUAGGACAGAGCAACGGGAGCUCACCCUGUUGCACAGAACUUCUGAUUGGCAAUCCCAAGAGGCUCAGUAGCCAGUGUGAAGUGAGGACUGUUUUAUGUUCAUGGAAACUCUCUGAACAAUGUAGAAAGCAAAUUAUGCCAAGUUCAGAACUGUACCAGGAACCUCCAUAAAUAGAAAAAAGCUCAUUGCUUUCCUAAGGUGGACGGCAACAGAAAUGGCAAGGGAUAGGGCAGAGCCAGUGUGUUCAACCCUGCUGCCUCCCCACCAUUUUUACUUUAAAACCUGAAGAAGGCUUCCUUAGCAACUGAGAGCUCGUUCACACUUCCACUUGUCCUGAGCCUAGAAAGCACAAGUCCAAGCAGUUUCCCCCUUGCCCCACACCUUUCCCAGUGAAAACUGCUGCUUGCUUCUAAAUUCAAGUGAAUGUCCAGAGAAAACCCAAAUUUUAGAGGAAAUGUGGAUAAGCCCUUAGCAUUGGUUUCAUGUCUUUGAAAAAAAGCAAGUGUCCUCCCAGUGGAAUUUUCAUAACUCUCCUCCUGAUGUUGUAAAGACUGAGACCAUAUUCCAGACUCUUGUUGUCUUUCUUCCUGCUUCUUGCAGAAAUUAACAGAAACUGAGAGGCAGAAGAUAGUGGAGAAGUUCAGAAAACUGUACCGGUUUCUUGAAGAACAAGAAGUACACCUGCUGAAUCAGAUUGAAGAAGUGGAGAAGGAGAUUGAAGGGAGAAGAGAUGAGCACCUGGCCAGACUCUCCAGGGAACUCUCCUCUCUUAAAAAGCUCAUCCAGGAGAUGGAGGACAAGAGUCAGCAGGCAGCAAGUGAACUCCUGCAGGUAAGAUGGUGGCAUGAACAGCACAAGGCUCAACUUGGGGACGAGGCUUUCUCCAAACCUUUAUGUCCCUCUUGCAUCUAUACAAGUAGUAAAGGGACUCAGCUGAUGGAGGCAGAUGCACCUCCCUAGGGAGGGCCUUCCACAACUAGGGAACCAGCACUAAAAAGACCCUGUCACAGGGCAGUGCCAACGGAGCAUGCCAAGUACUAAGGGGGAAAUGAAACUUAUACCCAUGAAGCUUUAACAUUUUGUAAUACAUUCCUCGCCCCCCCCCCCCAUUCAGCCAGAAUCAUACACAUCACUUUCUGUCCUAUGUGUUGCCAGGCUCAGGCUCAUUUUGCUUUGCAAAGUACAUCAACAGCUUUAAUUAACAGAAGUAACAUUCUCAUUCCACGCAGAUGCUUUCUCAUAUCCAGUUGUAACCCAUAUUCUCUAUUCUAGAGUCUUAUCCACAGGUCUGGGGUGAGAACAGAGUAGUCCCUGGGGAACCUUUGCAAUAACAUAGCUCUUUCCUUUCCCUUUAAUCAAACAACUUUGCAAGUGCAUGCAACAAAGUUAAUACAUCUUUUUGACCUUCAUGCCACAUUCAAUCAAUCACCUGCAGCUUUGUUGACAUCUUGUCAACAGGGGUGCCCCUUCACUUAGAUCCGAUUAUCCGAACUUAAGGGGAAUCUGCGGCGUUAAGCAGUUGUAGAUCAAGGCUGUCUCAUUGAUGGAGUCUCGGAGCCCAGAGCCCUGCCUCGUUGGCCACCAAACAACGAUUUCCACCCCUGUCAGCCACCAGCUUCGGCAUGAAAGGGCUUCUGCACCUCCUUUACAUUGUAAGGGUCAAAGGGGCUCACUCACCCCCUCCCCAACCACAAACAUUUGUGUGUGCUAGGCAGACUGAUACCAGAGGGCCAGAGUCCAUCCAUCCCAGGGCUGAAGGGGUCUCAUAAUGUGGCCUGUGGUGUGCAGUGAAUUCCUUUCUCUUUCCCCCUCUAGGAUGUGAGAAGCACCUUGCAGAGGUGAGUGGAUCCUGCUCAUUUAUGUUAGCAUCACUCCGUAAGGCCUGGGAAAGUCCAGAAGGACAAAAAACUUGGCCCUCCGGGCUCCCAACAAAGAGACAGUAGGACUCCACCCUCUGUAUCAUUUCACUGGCGCACAUAGUCUCGGAGCACAUAGUCUCCAUUUUGGAGGGCAACCAAAAUGGUCAAAGGCCUGGAAACGAUGCCUUAUGAGGAACGGCUAAGGGAGCUGGGCAUGUUUAGCCUGGAGAAGAGGAGGUUAAGGGGUGAUAUGAUAGCCAUGUUCAAAUAUAUAAAAGGAUGUCACAUAGAGGAGGAAGAAAGCUUGUUUUCUGCUGCUCCAGAGAAGCGGACACGGAGCAAUGGAUCCAAACUACAAGAAAGAAGAUUCCACCUAAACAUUAGGAAGAACUUCCUGACAGUAAGAGCUGUUUGACAGUGGAAUUUGCUGCCAAGGAGUGUGGUGGAGUCUCCUUCUUUGGAGGUCUUUAAGCAGAGGCUUGACAACCAUAUGUCAGGAGUGCUCUGAUGGUGUUUCCUGCUUGGCAGGGGGUUGGACUCAAUGGCCCUUGUGGUCUCUUCCAACUCUAUGAUUCUAUGAUAGGGGCCUCUCUUUUGAACUUGUAGCACUCCUAUUCUCAACCCAAGAAUAAGGACCAAAACACUGCUUCCUCCCUCCCCCAACCACACAUUGCUGGAGGCUCCUGUUGGAUGUUGUAUUCAUUGCCUUGCUCUUCAAAAGCCAUAAGGAAGGCAAAGUUGGAUUUUGUUUUGAGCAAUGGAACAAAGGCCUCAGGCAGCAGGUGCUGGAGUGAGUGGUUCCCAUCUUCCUGAGCCAGCACCUCAGCAGUGGGAAGGGUUAAUUCUGGUUGGCCUGGGCUGCCUGCCUGUCUCACGUCGUCACCUUCUCCCCACCUGCAAUGUGUCAUAACCAAGGACACUGGGAACGGCCACUGACUGAAGGAAUAGGCACCUCAGAGGCAUACCCUUGACCACACCAGGCAUGGAGAGGGCCCAUGAACUGCUCUGCUUCCGUGACAGACCCUGACUACCAGUGCCUCAGCGUGGCAGCAUUUGCCUGAGAGGGCAGGAAGCCGUUUCUCAUGAGGGCCUUUUCACCUGCUAUACUUAAAACUCUUUCACUGAAGACUCUUGUGGGAGAGAUAGAACAAGGCUUGCAGACACACCAGGGUCUCUGUGGGCGAGGGUCCUGGAGGAUGCCCCUCAGUUUCUCCUCUGUUACCCCUUGCACAGAGCUCCUUGGAAUUCCUUCCCUACUGGAAAAUUUGAUUUUGUUGUACAUCUGUGGAAGAACUACCUCAACCUCUGAGACCAUCUGGUGCUAGAGCAAAAGUAAUCUAAGUUGUCCAACCAUGAUACCAGCAACCUCAAGAAACAAAUAUUUUAACCUUGCUCAAGUCUUGCUAAGAAAGUGGCUACUCUAUACUUCCACACAACAGGAGAAAGUUACAUUCUUUGGAGCAACCAAUGUUUUAGUUGUUCCCCUCAAGAUAUACCAGUUCAGUCACACUCCAGCAAACCCCCAUGUACCACUCAAGUUCAGAUUAAAGGUCGCAGCAGCCAUCUUUUUCUUCUCCACACCUUCACUGGUGACAUCUAGAGAAAGGAAAUGUUGAUUGUGAUGUCAUCGCACCCAGGAUAUUUCGUUCCGCUUUCUUGUAGAAAUCAAUGAAGUGAAGUUGGGGCAGAGAAACUGAGUAUUACAAUAUUACCUGAUGGUGUUGAAUAGAUGUAUGUGGCCUGGGGUAGCUAUUCCGGCCCUCCAGUGUUUGGCUAUGAAGUCUGUAGUGACCGGAAAUCUCUUCCUCUGUGCCUGCCUGCCCCUCUAGGCUUUCUACCAUUUUCUUCCUCCUCUUUUUUCUUUUCCUUUAGUAGGAAUUAUGGCUUUGAAAGUUUAACAUUCUUUUUCAUCAGAUAUGAGAGAAGAGAGAGACUGCAGAAUCUACUGGCUUUCCCUCUAAAGCUAAAAUGGAAGGCCUCCAGAUUUUGUGAUGUGAAUCUCCAUCUGGAGGACGUGAUAAAGCAAUUCAAAGGUAUUGAUGAAUGGUUGCAAGGAGUUUAUGCUCAGCAUUAUAUUAGACCAACAUAGAGCUUGCCAGGCGCUUAUUGUAUUGUAUUUUGCUCUUGCUGUAGACAAGGGUAGGACCAUCAUACUCGUGGUCAGGCAUCCCCAAACUCGGCCCUCCAGAUGUUUUGGGACUACAACUCCAAUCAUCCCUGACCACUGGUCCUGUUAGCUAGGGAUGAUGGGAGUUGUAGUCCCAAAACAUCUGAAGGGCCAAGUUUGGGGGUGCCUGCUCUUGGUGGUCCAGCCAUCAUUGGAUUUUCCUCAGAAAAAAAUUAUGGGGUAUAAGAAAUUGUGACUGCCACAAAUAAAGAAAACCCACACUAGGCUGUAUAUUAAGGCAGGAUUUCCCCCUUCUAUUGUGCAUCUGUUUACAAUUCCUUUGGAAUGAGAGCUCUGCCAGUCCUUCCUCAGCAAGCUUAGUUUCUCAUGGUGUUUAACAAUUCUGGCUUUAAUAAUUUCCCCUACCACUAAGGCUGCCUCCAUCUCCCCCCUGCAUCCUGUUAUAGGAUUGCUAUUGCUUGGGCUACCCUCUGCUAUGGACCCCAAUUUCAGGGAGAACAUUCAUAGACAAUCAGAUUUAAUGUGGGAUUUUUUUAUUCUCCUGUUUUGAAGUCUCGUUUACCAUUGCUGAGUUUUACAGUUUUCUUCUUAAGUUGUUAAUUCUUUGUUCUACCACUUGAAAUAAGGAUACGACAGAUUCUGUGUUGCUUUUCUAUCAAUACUUUAUUGAGGUAUAGCAGUGCAGUGUUUAAACUUGAUAUAUUUCUUCUUCUUCAGAUGCUGUGUUAUUCAAACUACAGUUUCAGAAAGGUAAAUUUCCAAUGGCGACCCCCCAUUGCACAGGGGGGAGGGGCACUGGUAUUUCUUUGGGGGUUAGAUCAUCUUUUCUUUAGACUUUGGAACCAUCAAUAGGUUAAUAGCCUUAUAGCAGCAUUUGAGUUCUUCAUAUGUACAUUGAAUGACCAGAGGAUGGGUUUAUUUUAUUUUAUUUAUUUCAUUUCAUUUCACUUCAUAAAAUUUAUACACUGCUUGAUUGUAAAACAAAAAACCGUCUGAAACCUAGCGUGGAAAUGGCCUUUUUCUGCACACUGGGUCAACAUCUUCAUCAAGCUAUCUUACUAUGAGCCCAAGGUUUCAUGCAUCACUUUCACUGAAUUUCAUUUGCCAUUUUACCGCCCAUUCACUCAGUUUCUGGAGCUCUUCAGUGUCUCUUUUUUGGUUCAAUACAGUCAUCAUAACUAAAAUCAGGGAGCAGCAGCAUCUAAAAUUACAAUCAUCAUAAUAAAAUGUCUUGAGCUCCUUUUUGUAAUCUCUUUGCAGUCACAACUUUGCAUUCUGUCCCUGUGCACAGUUUCAUUCAGGAUGACAUUUUGCUGGGUGCUCCACCUCUACCCUGUAUGCAAAUAUGCUAUGCACUGACAGCAAAAUCAUCCAUUUGCUUUUAUACAUAUAUGUUCACGGUUUACCAAUUAUGAUUAUUAUUUAUGCAAAUAUUGAAGAAUAGUUUUCAAACUGCUCUGGGGAUGGGAGGAGGAGGAGGAGGAUAUGUGUGUGAUGAUACUGGCACUAGCCAAUAGGCACCCACCACAGCCAAGUUUCACUAGAUAAGCUACAAACUGGCAGAUCCAGUUUAGGCACAUCUUGUUUCAAGGCAUGCGGAAAUACAAAUGCAAGUGUGCUUUCAGUACAAUAUCUGAGCUUUAAAACAACAACUGUCAAACCCAGGGAGACUUUGGCAGGCUUCAGGAUAGCAAAUGUGCACAUACUGGUAUUAUGUUUGUAAGAAAACAACAUGGAAGGAAAGUUCAGAAGUUCACAAGGCAAGAAAAUCUUCUUGGUUGCUUAAUUUUGCUUCUUUCCCAGAUUGAAAUGUGACCCUUGAGCCAGAAUUAGUCCUACUUCCAGCUGAAGCAGAAAUAGGUACUGUGGUACCUUGGUUCUUGAAUGGCUUAGUUGCUGAACAAAUUGGCUCCCGAAAACUACAAACUCGGAAGUAAGUGUUCCAGUUUGCGAACAUUUUUUGGAAGCUGGACAUCUGACGCGGCUUCUGCUUGAGUGCAGGAAGCUCCUGCAGUCAGUCGGAAGCUGAGCCUUGGUUUUUCAAAUGGUUUUGAGAGUCGAAUGGACUCCCAGAAUGGAUUAAGUUCGAGAACCAAAGUACCACUGUAAUGGGUUUGCCCUGACACACUCCCCAACUGUAACCUUAGUGAGGGCAGUAAAGAUUUUGUGGUUGUUCUCUCCUUACCUGAACUGGGGGGGGGGGGGGGGCUCUCAUCCCUCACAUCCCUGAAAUGACCAUUUCUCACAGAGAGUGUCAGAUGAGGGCAAAUUCCUUCCUCCCCUGCCCCUUCCAAUCCCUUUCUCCUUCUCCUUCACUUAGAGCUGAAUAAAGGUUUACUGGGUUAUUUUACUUCUUGGAAGAUGCCUGGAUUGACAGCAGGGGCCCAAUCCUGAUUUAAAAGCCAACUUGGGUUACAUACGCUUCAGGUUACAUACGCUUCAGGUUACAGACUCUGCUAACCCAGAAAUAGUACCUCGGGUUAAGAACUUUGCUUCAGGAUGAGAACAGAAAUUGUCCUCUGGCGGCACGGCGGCAGCAGGAGGUCCCAUUAGCUAAAGUGGUGCUUCAGGUUAAGAACAGUUUCAGAUUAAGAACGGACCUCUGGAACGAAUUAAGUACUUAACCUGAGGUACUACUGUAUAUUUAUUCUGAUAAGAGUCUGGAAGAAGGGGGGAGGGUCUCAAUCCUGCAUGUGAUGCAAAGAGGUCCCAUUUCUUUGAGAGGGGUUUAUUAGAUCAGGAUGCCCAUCUCUGACUCUCGGCUGAUUCUGCCUCUCUUCUCUUUUCCUUAUCUUCCCUCAACAGCAAAUGUCACUCUGGAUCCAGACACAGCCCAUGCCAGGCUCAUCCUGUCCGAGGAUGGGAAAAGCGUGAGAAGGAGAGACAAAAAGCCACGCCUGCCUAACAAUCCUGAGAGGUUCAGCAACGGGCCUUGUGUGUUGGGACGUGAGGGAUUCACAGCAGGCAGACAUUUCUGGGAAGUCACUGUGGGAAGUGAGGGAGAAUGGGUUGUGGGGAUCGCUAGGGAGUCUGUGAGGAGAAAGGACAACUUUGCCUUUUGUCCUGAGGGAGGGAUCUGGGCUGUGGAGAAGUGGGGAGGGAAGUACUUGGCCUGCACCUCCCCUGUUUCCCAUCUUUCCCUGAGUGAGGAGCCCAGGAGGAUCCGGGUAACUCUGGACUAUGAAGGGGAACGUGUGUCUUUUUUUGACGCUGCCUCAGGAGCUGAACUCUACACAUUUUCAGGAGGCUCUUUUUCCGGAGAAACCCUCCUCCCUUUCUUUUAUCUGUGGGGAAAUAAAACCCACCUCAGGAUCUCCUGAAGAAACUAAAUCUGCCUCACAGGCCCAGUUGAAGUUGGGGAUGAUAGGAGUUGAAGUCCAGCAUCAUCUCAAGAGCCACAGACCUCUCUCCCCUCUCUAACCAAAGUGAGAUACCUGAACAAAGAAACGACCUUUCUUUCCCCACUGUAUGUAUGAAUGGAAAACCUAAUGAGAACUUAUUUAAUUGGUCCCCCCCCCAAAAAAAAUACUCACACACCAGCAGCAUUUUAUUUAAUGAUAACAACAAAUUAUUGAGCGCUUGCCCUUAUCACUGAGGUACUUUUUUCAAAUUUCUCACUUCACCCCAAAGAAAAAGCCCACAUCUUCCUAGUGCAUAAUUUAGAAAUGUGGAAGCCUUGAACCCAAGUAGCAACCCUGAAAUGAAAAAGCAGCUACGUUCGGGGGGGGGGGGGGCACCAUGGCUUUUGUUGAGAUGCCUGCCCUGUUCAUGAUCUGAGCUCCAGCCUCCAAGGCUUUGCUAUCUCUUAAAAAAUAAAACAAAAUAAUCAUAGUGUUUUUCUUUCUUCACUAAACACACUGCUUCAUGAACCUUUCUAGAAAGGAGAGCAUCCCUAGGAUGUGAUUCCUAGAGUGGGUUUUUUUGUUUUUGGAUGCUUACCAAAAGGAAUGCAGAAGAGGGAAAUCUAUUUUCAUAGGUUUGACCUUGGAAACUUUAGCUUAGGCACCUAGUGCACUUUACCGCUUAAGACUGCAGCAAGGAAAAUCCGUUUUUUGAAACAUUCCUUUAUGUUAAAAAAGGCCCUGCACAUAGAAACCUAGUACAAUAGAGAGCAAGCUUGGCCAGAAUCAUUCUUCCUGAUGUGCUAGAUUUUUACUUGCAUUGAGAGAAUCAAAAAGGGCAUGCCCUACCUUCAGUUUGCCCAGGACGCGGGUAGCGCUGUGGUCUAAACCACUGAACGUCUUGGGCUUGCCAACUGUAAGUUUGGCAGUUUGAGUCUUUUCACUGAGGGCAUCCUUCCCAUCCAUGAUAACUUCAACCUGGACCAAUUUUUGAAAUCUUUCUUUCUUUUUCAGGAUAAUCUUUAUUGGUUUUUCUGUUACAUACUACACAUCCACAUAUUGUAUUACAUUUUACAUUUAUACAUGUUCCUAGGAGCUGACUUCCCUCCUUCCUUCUUUUGGCUUUUUUAUAUCGCC